AAAAGGCAUAAUCCACAUUCGCGCUCACGUUGACUUCUUUCAACCACGAGCGCACGCAGCUUCAGGGAAGCUGCCGCCUUUACCAACUCCAUCCCUUCAUGUCCGCUGGGUAUGAAAUCAUUGCCUCCUAAUUCUUUCCCACUCUCGCAUUUCUCGCCUUCUCGGAGAAUCCGCUUCCCGCUUGUCGAUUUAGCGAUCGAUAAGUAAGUUCGUUUUCUUGCUAAAAAAAAGAAUUUCGGGUGUUUGGGUAUUGGAUCAGAUGGUUCUUUCUGUGUUAACAUGAGUGAUCGGUGGUUGGUUGGCAUAAAUAUCCAACGGAAAGGGGGGAAAUUUGCUGGCUGUAGCGGCGACCGGGAAGCGUGCAAGCCAUGUGUUUGUGGAAUUGCGCCAGCAGAAACCUGUUUCUUACCAGAACAAGGCUUUUUGUGAUGCGGUGAUUUGACUCUAGGCGGAGUUAUUAUUUGUGUUCUUGGAGCGAAGCCAUGGACGUCGUGCAAGCACUUGCAUCGGCGACGCAGCUGGUGUCUGCAAUGGUGUCCGCGGUGGGAGCGCUGGAGCAGGCGGCCGCAGACGCGCAUGAGGCUCCCAGGAGGCUGCAGGUGCUCGAGAAUUUCGUAUCCGACCUUGAGGUGUUGGUGCAGCAGGCUAGGCAGAAGCACGCUCACAAGAUGCACGGCCCGCAGCUCGAGCGUCAGUUCCAGAGCUUGACCGGGCUCAUGGAUCAGCUCCAUGUCAACAUCACCAAGGCAAGGCGGGCCUUGAAGAAGGGUAAAGGGAAGGGAUUGGCUAGGGUGGUGUGGAGCUCGGUGGUGGGAGAUCCACUCAUGAAGUAUAUUCAGCUGAUCAGAGAUGAUCUCAACUGGUGGCUGGAACUGCAGAAGUUGACACAGAGCGUCAGCAAUGUCAUUGCGUCUACAGCCAAGGGUACACCGUCGUUGGUGAGAGUCAAGUCUGAGAAUGGCUAUCCAGUGUCAGAGAAAUGUGAUUAUGUUAGGGAGAUUUUGGAGAGGGAUGCUGGUCAUCGCGUUGUCCUGAUUGUUGGAUUAUCUGGUAUCGGGAAGUCGUGCCUUGCUCGACAAAUAGCAUCUGCACCUCCUGGUAAUUUUGUGGAUGGUGCAAUUGAGCUUAGUUUUGGGCGGUGGUGCAGUAGAGCAGCAUGUAAUGGAAGCAGGAGCGAGUUCCAUAGGCGUCUUGUUAGGAAGAUAUGCAAAUUCCUAGUGCAGAUUGGUUCCAUGACUGUCAAUGAGGACAUAAGCAAAGAUCUUGAAGAUGUAUGUUGCUUGCUUCAGACCGCGCUGGUCGGUAGGAGCAUGUUAAUACUACUUGAUGAUGUCUGGGAGCAAGACAUAGUCGAUCGCUUCACGAGACUAUAUGAUAAUGAUUGCCGGUAUCUUGUGACUGCAAGGGAUGAAGCAGUUUAUGAGAUAGCAGAAGCUGAAAAGGUAGAAAUAUCCAAAGAGGACAUCAAGAAAAUCAGCAAGGGCAUUCUUCUUUAUCAUAGUCUUCUUAGUGUCGAAGAGCUUCCGCAUGUUGCAGAUGUCUUGCUGGACCGUUGUGGACACCAUCCCCUUACAGUUGCUGUCUUGGGUAAGGCUCUCAGGAAGGAGACCAAAGUGGACAAGUGGGAGAAAGCAAUAUCCAACCUUUCCACCUAUGCAACUUGUGCACCAGGUCCAGUUUCAUAUGUGAAUGAGAAAGAAGUUGAGACCACAUUGACCAUCUUUGGAUCUUUUGAGUUCAGCUUGGAAGCAAUGCCAGAAAAUUCACGAAGGUUUUUCAUGGUUCUUGCAGCUAUCUCAUGGGAAGAACCUAUACCUGAGGCGUGCCUUGAAUCCAUUUGGUCAGCACUUGUGCAGGACAGUUUAUUCCCUAUUGUUGUUUCAAAACUAGUAGAAGGCUCACUCAUCAUCAAACUGGAAGACCAAUCAAUGUAUCAUAUGCAUGACAUGGUUUCACUUUACCUUGAGAACAAACAAAAUGAUGCUGUUCAUACUCUUUUGACCGAUUCUUUUCCUGAAUAUGCUGCAUUGGUGGCUCCUUGGCUUUUUAUUUUUGGCAAAGACAGUGCAAAAGUGCCAGCUGAGCAGAAGAUUAGAUCAUUCUUUUCUUUGCUAGAGUUCAUGGAGAUUGAGAUCUUACUGGCAAGCACUACCCAAGCUCUCAUGGCAUGCAAAUCAAUAUCUGAAUUUGAGUCUGGCAGGCUUGGGUUCAGCAAAAUGCUUGGACCACGGAUAGCAGAGCUAAUUUCUGUUGGGUCAGCAACUCUUAUUGUUGCUGUUGCGAAAGCUAUCACGGUCGUCUUUUUCCAAGGAGACUAUGCAAAUCUCUCCCAAUCUCUCGAAACAGCAGGUUCUGUCGAUAAAUUAAUUUGUGUUCUUUCUGGCCAUGAAGAUUCUUCGACUGUAGCCAACGUUUCUGCUGUUCUUGCCAAGGUAUCUGAGCAUGUUAGUGCCACAAUUGCUGACGAAAUUUUGGCAAGCAUUCCCAUGGACCGAAUGGCAGAACUAUUGUCUCCAGAAAAUGAGGAGUGGCAUGAAAUUGUGUUUACAACUCUAGCAUCUCUUAUAAAAGUGGGGAAGCUAAAGGCUGUUGAGUCAAUGAUCGAAGCGGGAAUUGACAAGAAGCUUCUUAUACUUCUAGGCCGUGGUUCUGAGAUCUCACAGCAUCAUGCAAUUAUCACGUUAAAAACUUUUUGUGAGCUCGGUGCUCCACUUCAAGAGUGCAUGGGGCCUGGAUUGUUGAUUCAUUUGCCAUGGCAGGCUCGGCUUAGCUUGGAGAGAUUUGUUUUAACUAACCAAAAUGUAGUUCCAUCACUAAAGCCUCAGUAUUUCGAGGUGCUGCUUCACAGGAUUCUGCAAUCAGACAGCAAAGAGAUCAUUGAAGCUAUCCAAGGUUUAUUACCUCUUGCUGAGAGGGCUAAUGACCCUAGGGUGCAAGGUCUUCUUUUAGGAAGCAAUCUGUCUGAUAGGUUGUCAUGUCUGCUCGAAUGCAGGGAAGUCGGAAACAAUCAAGUAAGAUCUCAGACUGCCUUUCUGGUAAUGAAAUUGGCUUGCACCGGAGGCGAGCCAUAUGUCCGUAGGUUCCUGGAGCUUAAUAUUGUCCAUGAGCUCAUCGCAAUGAUGCAGUGCACUACUGACGAGCUCCAGGAUUCUGCUUACCAUGCCCUGAAUCAGAUUGUCUAUGCAAAGGGAGGAACGUUAGUCUUGCAGAGAUUUCUACAGCUAGGAACUAUAGAAAAAUUGGUCAAUCUGCUCGACCGCAAGUGUGUGAAGACAAAGGACCUUGUGGUGCAACUUCUCGUUGACAUUGCAGCGGUCGGAACCAAACCCUGCAUCGAAAGAAUGCUCACUUCCCAAGUCAUCGAGAAGCUUGUUGCCCUUGAGAAAAUAGGUGGGUGUUUCAGCGGAGCAGUGUCAAGAUAUAUCCAUGGAUUGAACAUGUGCAAGAACAUCCAGUCUGCUGAGAGGGCAGUGAUGAAGCAACAUAUUUUGAGGAAAGUGAGAUCGGCAGCGAGAGGGGAUAAUCUGGAGGCGAGUCUAGUUGCCUCUGUGGAGGCCUGCAUUUCUGAAGGCACAAAGGGAGCUAGCAGUAGUGGCAGGAGAAAUAAGUAGCACUUUGCUGUAAAUUUCAGUAACUGAAACAUAUAUACUCCUAGUUCUUUUUGAAUGGACAAACCUAUAUAGAUUCAGUUGGUGCCGGCUGGGAAUUCAGACAGUUAUUCAUCAAUAAUUCAGGACCAAUAUUACAUUUUCAGUA